CUAGGCAAAUGAGUUAUACUUAGCUCUGCACAUAACAAAAUCUCUCGCUGUCAAGUCCCGCCGGCCAGCUAAUAAACCACAUCAUAUAAAAUGGAACUUCGCGACCGAGGUAACGCAUCUGCCAAAACAAGAUAUUCAGCCAACGGACCAGGGCUCUGGACGCGGCAGACUGCAGACAACGCGCCAACUCCUGAACCGCGCAAUCGUUCUGAAGGAAAUUCAACUUCGCCGUCACCAGAAGGAAAAUCAAAACGAAAAAGGGAGGACAAAAACAUGCGUCCCAGGAGACAUAGGGCGCCUUCGUCCAGAAUGGAUAUGGUGGAUGACACAGAGAUGAGCGAGACGCCAGAAAGAGGUUUAGGACAAGACUACCCACAGAACGGACAAGCGCUAGAAAGUAGGAACGAAGAAAUGGCCAAUGGACGAGAAUUAAGCCAGGGAGAUAGCUCUGCAGAUGAUGCAAACGACAAGUACUUCUCCUUUGGCAGUCAUAGAAAUGAGCCGACUUUCCUCGACCGCAUCAAGGUUCUACCCGAAAUGCGCGAUCUACCAUGGCGCGAAGACCAGGAAUUACCACCGGAAAGAUCGACCGAGAGUCAACGCGUUCAGCAGAGAGGUGCAUGUAUGGUGGCUACUAGAGGAAGAAUAAUGACCAACCCAUGUUCGCAUUGUAAACAGGGCUAUGGUCGGUUCUCUCACUGUAUUGUGUUGGAAGAAUGGUUUCAAGGAGCUUGCGCGACUUGUAUUUUCACGAGUAAAGGGAAUAAAUGCAGCUUGAGAAUAAAAAAUCUGGGGGAUCAAGAUGCCAGAGCUUUAAGAUACACGGAAAAAGUCGACCUCUCCACCAAGCGAAAGCGAUCCGAAUUCGAAAAGCCAACGAUUGAAGAGGAGAAUAGCAUAUUCAGUAAAUUCAAUUCGCCAGGUCAUUAUGUCAGUCCAUACCCACCUCUGCCAUCCAUACCACGACCACCAUUAAGGACGCCCGGAUUGAAGGAAGCUCAAGAGGCAGAAUUGGAUUCCAUGUUACAAGCUCAGAUUGCCCGCGAAGAACUCGAUCAAGGAAAUAUGGAUGAAGGCGAACCAGGCGCAAAUGGACAGCAGUCACGAGCAGCACCAAUAGUAUUGCAUCGACCACGAUUUUACGAAACUCCUGCGAUCAAACAAGCUUUGCAACAAGGAGGUCCACCUCCUCCAAAUAAUCAAUUCGCCCAGCCGAUACCGAUGCAUAAUUUCCCCAAUAAUCAAAUGGCUCAAUAUCCCAUUUCAACUGAUGGUUCUCCAGUGAAAGAACGGUCUCUCAUCGGCGACACCCCGAAGAGUACACAAAAACAAUUCUUUACCGUUCUAAGCGGAGUGGCAGGAGGAAUCCAACAACUACAAAAAGAAUUGAAUGCGCUGAAGUCGGUUCUGGGAUGGGAUAAUGAAGAUGAUGAACAAGAAGGCGUUCGUCAACAAAACUCAUUGUCGCGUAAUGAUUCUCGACAUGGUCCUUGAGCUACUUUACUUGACACGAGAAGAGCUAGCUGGCGAUUACUAAUUAAUUGGCUGCUUAUUAGGCCUAUAUAUGUAGAGAUAUUACACGAGGUGGUUAACCACGUUGUUUGUCAAACUUAUUAAUUGAGCGGAUCUGCAUCUACCGAAGAGGGGAUUAAGGAAUCAUGGCCGGAUUUACAGAACUCGAAAUUCCAUGGUUGAGCAUGAUGAUUAUGAAUUAGCUUUUGGUCUUGAGGAGAGGAAAGAAAGGGGGAAGUUAAUGAACACAUUACUUGAGAUUAGGGGAUUGGUUUGACUUGUUCUAUAACGAUAUUGCUCAGAAUUGGAAUGGAAGGAAAGGGAAUGGAUGAAUGAAUGAGAGGUCUGAAAUUCAAGACACGAGAAGUGAUGGAUUUGAAGGAAGGGAAGGUUCGUGGGAAUACAAUGGACGGUUGACGAUUGACGAUUGAUUGAUUGAUGAUUGAUUGAUUGAUGAUUGACUGAUGGACACAACAGUCUCGGGAUGAAGAUGGAGAAGAGUAUGGCAUUAGAUGUCUGUAUGUACUACGUGUAUAGUGUAUAGUGUAUGAAAAUUCGAUAGGCGAGGGAGCGAGGGAGGAAUGAUGGAUGAUGGAUGGUGGAUUAUGGAUUAUGAUCUAUGGACACCUGGAAUGAACACACGCAUAAAUGGUCUUCACCAAAGCGCCAAAGCACAAGAAAGAAUGUGAGGAUGUGAGGAUGUGUAUAUGCAUAUUGUGCAUUUUGGAGUGCGUGGAGGAUAGCCAUACAUGUGAGAUGGUAUGAUAAGCGUGUGUGUGUAUGUAUGUUUAUGUCUGUGUGAACGAGCGAAAGCGCGCGCGCGAGAGAAAUAAUAAUUAAAAAGUUUAAAGUCAAAUGCUAAUUAAAAUUCAAAGUUUGUACUCGCUUUUCUAAGCCA